AGGCAGACAAUUGUGGUGUCAACUAGCGCUUGGAGGCAAACGGCAACAAGGCAUCAAAUAGCUUGUUCAGUGUCAAAAUAGGUUGCAUGUUGUGUCAAAACAUCUUUAAACGACGUCGUUUCUCCCACCCUCUCCAGAGAAUAUGAAAGACACCAUAAUCCUCUCUUCCCCUUCUGCUAUAAAUGGAUAUCAAAAUUCUCCUACGCUCAACACCCUCGUUCUAUACUUCUCCUCUGCUCCCUUCGCUCCAUCAGCAAUCGCCGGCCGUCCGUCGAACCCAAUUCUCCUACAGACCGACGGCCCAGAUCAGCUCGCUGAAAUUCCAAGCCAUUCGAUGCUCAGGAAGCUCUGGCCGAACCCUCAGAACCUGCAAGAACUGCAAAACUCAGUUCGAUCCUUCGCUCAACCACCCUCGAGCUUGCCGCUUUCACACUGCUCAUUUCGGCGGAGAAACAAAGAGGAAGUUCGAAAGUGUUUACACAGGGGGCACCAUGAACACCCCUGGCUCAGGUCAAGUUUCCCAAUACUGGCAUUGCUGUGGGUCUGAAGAUCCGUUUGACCCUGGAUGCACUGCUGCUCCUCACUCGUCCUACGAUGAUUGAUGCAAUUGACAAUCUCAUUCGACAAUUGUAAGGUCCAAACAAGCUGCCUGUGAUUAUUGGACUCUGUUAAUAAAUACUCGAGCUGUUUAUUUGUAUGUAUGCAAUUGAAUUGACAAUUCUUUGGUUUUAACUAUUAUAUUAUACUUGGGUUGUGUUGAUAUUAUACCUCACGAGGUAGAGGAUAAUUUAAGGCAGGGUUUGAUGAUAAUCAAAUGUAAAAAUCACAAUAUAUGUUUGAUUCAUUUGAAUGAUCCUUUUAUGUCAAUUUGGAUGAGACAGUUCUAGUGCA